GGGUUUGUUUGGAGGUCAACACCGACAAUGUUGGCGCUUUUAGGACGUUCUGCGAUUUAGAACGAGGGAGGAGAAGGCUGUUAAGACACAGCCCUCAUUACAUGUGUGUAUCAUUUCAACCCCAGAUUAACUGCUCUGGAGUGGUAAACAAGCAGGGCAGAAUUAAAGGAGGGGCUGUGCUUUUGGCUUUUAUGUUUAUGUUUCCACGAUGGAUAGAAAGAAGGAUUUCCUGAAGCUCCGGUUCUCCGCAUUGAAGCCUGGAUGUUUAGUGAGGCCCGUAGCCCCCACAAAGCUUCCUGGACGGUACCUUGCCCAUCAGAAAUCUUUGCCUCGGCUGCCGGUUCCUCCUCUCCAGCAGACUCUCGAGCGCUACCUGCUGGCCUUGGAGCCCAUCGUCAGCCAAGAUGAGUUAGAAAACACCAAGCAGAUUGUCAAAGAAUUUGGCCAAAAGGGUGGAGUAGGAGAGAGGCUUCAAGCAAGCUUGGAAAGAAGAGCAAGGAAGACUGAAAACUGGCUCUCUGACUGGUGGUUGAGGACGGCCUAUCUGGAAUACAGACUUCCCGUGGUAAUCCAUUCCAGCCCUGGUGUGGUGCUGCCGAAGCAAGAUUACUAUGACCGCCAGGGGCAGCUCAGGUUUGCAGCUAAGCUGAUCUCUGGUGUUCUGGAUUUUAAGACCAUGAUUGACAAUGAGACCCUUCCAGUGGAGAGUCUGGGAGGGAACCCACUCUGUAUGAACCAGUAUUACCAGAUUCUCUCCUCCUGUCGCAUCCCGGGCUCCAAAAGUGACUCUGUUGUCAACUAUAGCCAGACUAAAAAGCCAACGCACAUAACAGUGGUGCACAACUUCCAGUUCUUUGAGCUGUUUGUGUAUAACAGUGAUGGGACUCCCCUGACUGUCGACCAGAUCUACAUGCAGCUGGAGAAGAUCUGGCACUCAUCACUACAGACCAACAAGGAGCCAAUCGGGAUCCUUACUACUGGCCAUCGGAAUAGCUGGGCCAAUGCUUAUAACAAUCUCAUUAAAGAUAAGGUUAACAAAGAGUCUGUGAAAUGCAUCCAGAAAAGUAUCUUCACAGUCUGCCUGGAUGCCCCAGUGCCAAGGGUGUCUGAUGAACUGUACAUGAGCCACGUGGCAGCGCAGAUGCUGCAUGGAGGCGGCAGUCGGUGGAACAGUGGAAACCGGUGGUUCGAUAAAACCCUGCAGUUUAUUGUCGGAGAGGAUGGAUCCUGUGGUUUGGUUUAUGAACACUCUCCAGCAGAAGGACCACCCAUUGUUGCUUUACUGGAUCAUGUCUUUGAGUACUGCGACACCUCAGCAAUGGUUCGCUCUCCAAUGAUCCCACUGGCCAUGCCUCGGAAACUCCGUUUCAACAUCACGCCCGAUAUAAAGAGAGACAUUGAGAAAGCAAAACAGAACCUCAACAUGAUGGUGCGUGAUGUGGAUAUAAAGUGCUUCGUGUUCCAGCACUUUGGAAAAGACUUUGUGAAGUCCCAGAAAAUGAGCCCAGAUGCUUUAAUCCAGGUGGCCCUGCAGCUAGCUUAUUACAGGAUUUACGGGGAGCCGUGUGCGACCUAUGAAAGUGCCUCCCUGCGAAUGUUUCACCUCGGGCGAACUGACACAAUCCGCUCAGCGACUGUUGAAUCAUCCGUCUUUGUCAGGGCCAUGGAUAAUCCACAGCUCCAGGGCCAAGAGAAGGUGGCAUUGCUGAAGAAAGCUGUUCAGGUGCACAGAGCUUACACGGACAUGGCAAUCAGAGGCCAAGUUAUCGAUCGCCACCUGUUGGGUCUUAAACUUCAGGCUAUCGAAGAUCUAGUUCGAAUCCCGGAGAUCUUCAUGGAUACAUCGUACGCUGUUGCCUUUCAUUUCAAUCUAUCAACCAGUCAGGUACCUGCUAAAACAGACUGUCUCAUGUGCUUCGGGCCUGUUGUACCAGAUGGUUAUGGUGUGUGUUACAACCCCAUGGAAGACCACAUCAACUUCGCUGUGUCUGCUUUCAACAGCUGUGCAGAGACCAACGCAGCAAAACUGGCUCAUUUCCUGGAACAGGCCUUGGAUGAUGUGAGGGAGCUACUUAUACAGACACCCAACUCAAAGCUCUGAAACAGCCAGGUCAUGGAGCAGGACGGAUUGGAGCUAACAACCAAAAGAAUUGUUGCACUCAGUUGACUAAUCCCAGCACGUCUGUGUGAGGGGGGAAAGGUUUGCCAAAUGUCAGUGUGAACAUAUUGUCCACAGGACGUUACCUGUUUAUAUAUUUUAGAGACACUUAACAAACAUUAUACAUUUUGGAAAAAGCGUUUGUUCAAAUGGUGAAUGAUUCAGUUAUAUGGAGGGGACUUGCUUCCUCUAUCCCAAAGAACAUAACCAGGUAACCACAGUGUCUGGUCUUUAUCCAGGGGAGGCCUAGCACCUAUCUUAAACAGGAGUCAAACCCACUCUUAAGCUGAUCAGUUGAACACCAUGAGUUACUGGAUAAUGAUAAUCAAAGUUUAGCUGAUUUUUUUUAAUUAAUCUCUCGCGCUCUCCCUUCCCAGACUUUGGGGUUGGUUACUACACUGUAACCCACUCUUUACCUUUUUAACAAGGUGCAGAGGCCUGCACAAUCUUCUUGCUGUUUUUCCAAAAUUCAAGCAUCAACUUACCUAAGUUAUUUAAAGUAAUCGGAGAGCUGGGACACCCAACAGCCCCUGAUUUUUAAAAAUUCUAUAAUGUAGACAGGAGAGCAAAUUAUUCAAAAUACUCGAAUAGCUCUUUAGAACCUGUAUUCAGGGAGGCCAGGUGUCAUUACGUCGGUUCUGCAAAGAGAUGCCAAAAAGCUUUCCACUUUUAGCUAAAAAUUAGUUUUAACAGAUUAUCUAAAAGUUCAGAGCUGAAUGGUAUAAAUGUGGCCAGUAAAUUGUUAAGAGUCAUCACUGAAGAUAAAAAUUUUAAAUGGAAUCAAUCCCUCAGUAAGCUGGGUUGCCUAGUAUUGAGCAAGGUUUUUAUUUUAUACAGAAUUUACCCCCAAACCUUCACCACCGUUAACAGAGUAACAGCUGGCCUGUCAGCCAAGAAACACAAAUAGAUCUAUAAGUCGCACUCAGUUGUUACGAACCUAGGCAGGAUGUGAAUACUUGUACUCUGCAAACAGAGAGCUGUGAACCAUUACUGGUGCAAAUAUGCAGUCAAACAGGAACUACAUGGGUCCUUUCAAAAUGGUGUGAAAUUGUUGUGGUUAUAGCAGCUGCUGUGUGGCUUUCCCUAGAGGUUGCUGGAAAUAUACACUUGAAAAAUGAAAUAUUUGCAGAGCUGUUGGGAAGAGUGGAAUCCAUUAGAUUGACCACCUUCCACACGCCACCCUGAUUUAAAACCAGACUGUUCCUUCGGUUGCUGGGUCAAAAUCCUAGAACUCAGAGGAUAAUAGUAUCCCCUCAACACAUUUGAAAACAAUUCUGAUAUGUGCAAUGUUUGUUAAAAUUACACAUUAAGAUAAGGUGCAUUUCCAGAUGAGGACUAAUACAUAUAUUGAAGCAAACAGUUUAAAUUGUUCUGAAUCAUUAACCUGAAUUGGUGCUGAAAUGAUGUUUGUGGGAUAGAAACUUGCAUUUUAAUGUGAGGCAGUGUAGAGGGAACUGUACUGUGUGCCUAAACAAAAGAUUUGUCUAGGAACCAUGCUGUUAAAUUUUAACACGUGGGAUAACGGUCUUAAAAUUUCUUCAGCAAUGUUUACAGAAGUGUCAGUUUACUCAUUCACACAAUAACAGCAACCAUUACCCCAACUUUUUCUGAAGUCGUUUAAAAGAAUGCCCCUGCCCCCACUUCCCAGUGAUUGACUGAAAUAUGCAGAGGUCUCAAAAGGACCUUUGUGAUAAUCUUCAUGACAAAAUAAUUUUAGAUUGGAGAGGAAUUAUUUCAGACUUAUGCCUGGGACUGCAACUGGUCCAUUUAUAAUAAUGUUUUAAUUUGCCAACAUGUAUGGAUAAUUAGGAAUGUAAACAGCCAUGGUCUUGAUUUUAAUGUAAAUAUUUACACACUGUAUAAUUUUUGUGAAUAUGACUACAAUAAAA